AUGUCCUCCGCUGCCGACUCAGACGGUGAGAUCCAGGGCCGGACGCAGAGAAGCCCUCUCGCCUCCCAGCGUGCAAGGGAAGAGAAGCAAAACCCCCGGAAAUCCCGCCUCGAAGGGCUCUUUCCGCUCUCAUACAAGCAAGGCUUCUCACAGUGGUGGACAGCCCUGCCUGCCGCUCAAGCAGAACAUCGCGUCCUCUCCUUCGUACCUUACCUCCAACAGCCGCCAACUCACGCAAAGACUGGGUCUGCGCCGCCCACACGGAGCGCCUCGACGGUCUCAAUCAACCAGGACGCCCCCUCAGAGCAGAUCGCGACGACAAGCUCCUUUACUGACCCGUACGGACCGCGAAGAUGGCACUCCCGCCUCGUGCCGCUGUCCGGGAAGAACCGCGCCCUCAACGAAUUCUCCGUCGAACGCACAGGCGAAGAUGUCGAGAACAACCUGGUAAUUCUACACGGCUACGGCGCCGGACUGGGCUUCUUCUACAAGAACUUCGAGCCCCUCUCCCGAGCAAAGGGGUGGCAACUCUACGCAUUAGACAUGCUCGGUAUGGGCCGCAGUUCGCGUCCACCUUUCAAACUAAGAUCCAGGACGAGGGAAGCGCAAAUCACAGAGGCCGAGGACUGGUUCAUCGACAGCCUGGAAGAAUGGCGCGUGAAGAAGAAGAUCGACAAGUUCACCCUGAUAGGCCAUUCCAUGGGCGGCUACAUGGCUGUUUGUUAUGCGCUCAAAUACCCGGGCCGGUUGAACAAAUUGAUACUCGCCAGCCCGGUGGGCAUACCCGAGGACCCCUAUGCCACGCACGCGGCUAUGCCACCUCCACCAGAGCAAGAUGGAGACGCCGACUCGUCUCCAAGCAAGGGCGAUAACAACAACUUCCUCAACGGCCGGAAGAAAGCAGAACAAGACGCCCAACUAAGACAAAAAGCGAACCCGAACCGUCUACCCGCUAACGACGACGCCACGGAUUCCGAUGCCUCAACAGCGCCGCCGCCGCGGCGACCCCUUCCCAAGUGGCUCACCUACCUUUGGGACGCAAAUAUUUCACCGUUCAGUUUCGUUCGCUGGGCCGGUCCGCUAGGUCCCCGGCUCGUCAGCGGGUGGACGUCGCGGCGGUUUUCGCAUCUCCCAGCAGAAGAGGCCCUCGCUCUGCACGAUUACAGCUACUCAUUGUUCCGGCUUACUGGCUCAGGGGAAUACGCGCUCGCUUACAUCUUGGCUCCGGGUGCAUUCGCCCGGAGUCCCUUGAUCAGACGAAUCGGAGGCGUGGGUCGACAACCUCUGGAGUCGAGGACCCAUCAAGUCAACGACGCCGGUGUAUUGGAACAACAUCCCGGAGCAUCCUCCCCUGCAUCACCUGGGACCGACGCUUCCACGUCGCCCAAGCAACCGUACGAGCCUGGUCUCCCCGUCGUGCUCAUGUACGGCGAGAACGACUGGAUGGACGUCAAGGGCGGGUACGCAGCAAAGAAGAAGAUCGACGCCGAGACCCAGCGCAACCUUGCCAACGCUUCGGCUGAAGAAAAGGAACGCGACCAGGGUAGUGCCAAGGUCGUCAUCAUCAAGGACGCUGGACAUCACUUAUACUUGGAUAACGCGCAGGACUUUAAUGACGUGAUUCUACAAGAGAUGGAGGAUGUGAGGAGAAGAAGUCGGAAGGAGACAGGGGUGGGAGGUCGAUGA